AAGUUCGUGUACUGUUGUGUUGUGUAGAGAGCGUCCCUGGUUAUCAUGAAAAAUAUUAAUUAUUUGAUGAAAUAGUCCGUUAUAUUGGAAAUAAGGCAAAGUUAUAGAUGUAAUGAAUUGGUUUUUGGUAGUGCGCUUUCAUUUCAAAGGAUAUUUUUCACGAAUAUAAACUAGUGACUGAUCUACCCCAAUAAAGUAUCUUCUUGCCGUAUUCAGGUAACUUAAAAUGUCUGACAUCGUAUAUCCUCCGGGAUGUCGUCCAAUUAGCGACGAUCUGAAUACUGACGAGCUGAUUCGUCGCCUGAAAACUCUCGCUCAUACAUUACAGGCCAUGGGACAGGAUGAUGGCGCUUACAGGCAAUACAUCCCAUUAUCACUACACCUUGUUGAAGAGCAGUUUUUAUCUCACACAUCUCGAGACGUGCAGCUGCUGAUAGCAUGCUGCAUAGCUGACGUUUUGAGGGUCUAUGCUCCAGAAGCCCCCUAUAAAGAUCCUAAACAAGUCAAAACUAUAUUCCUUUUUUUAAUAACCCAGCUGUCUGGACUGAAAGAUCCCAAAGAUGCUGCCUUCAAAAGAUAUUUUUACUUACUGGAGAAUCUAGCUUAUGUCAAAUCUUUCAAUAUGUGUUUCGAACUGCAGGAUUGCCAAGAAAUAUUUUGCGCCCUUUUCCACCUCAUGUUCAAAAUCGUCAAUGAUGAACAUUCUGGAAGAGUUAAGAGUUUCAUGCUGGACGUGCUGUGUCCUUUGAUUUCAGAGAGCGACAUGGUUAGUAAUGAUUUGCUCGAUAUUAUAUUAAUAAAUAUUGUCGAGCCCAACAAAACACAACACAAAAAUUCGUAUUACUUAGCUAAGGAACUGAUUGUUAAGACGUCAGAGACUUUGGAGCCUUACAUUCAGGCAUUUUUCAAUCAAGUUUUGAUCUUAGGAAAAGAAGAUAAAAAUUUACAAAUUUGUGGUAAAGUAUACGAUUUAAUCUACGAGCUGAAUCACAUAAGGCCGCAGGUUCUGAUAGCCGUCCUACCCCAAUUAGAAUGCAAGCUUAAAAGCCCUCUUGAAAGUGAUCGAUUAGCUGCAGUAGCGCUCCUAGCUAAAAUGUUUAGCGAAAAAGACUCUGAGCUUGCCAGGCGGCACAUCGUUCUAUGGAGGGCAUUUUUGGGUAGAUUUAAUGAUAUCUCCAUAGCCAUCAGGACUAAGUGCGUUCAGUACUCUAUGCACUUUCUUUUGAAUCAUCCAGACUUGAGAAAAGACAUAACGGAUACUCUCAAAAUGAGGCAGCAUGAUUCUGAAGAAAACGUUCGCUACCAGGUAGUUAUGGCAAUCGUGACUACAGCUAAGAAUGACUUUCAGGUAGUUUCUGAUUCCGAAGAUCUGCUGGAGUUUGUCAAAGAGAGAACAUUAGAUAAGAAAUUCAAGAUAAGAAAAGAAGCCAUGUCAGGCCUGGCGUUGAUUUACAAGAAACAUCUAAGUGACCCAGAUGUUCCGAAUGCUACAAAGAAAGCAGUCACUUGGAUCAAGGACAAAAUUCUUCACGGUUACUACAUGGCUGGUAUGGAAGAUAGACUAUUAGUGGAAAGAUUGCUGAACACUUGCCUUGUUCCAUAUCAGCUUCCUGCUGCUGAGAGGAUGAAGAAACUUUAUCAUCUCCUUGGUACAGUAGAUGAACAUGCAACGAAAGCUUUUAUGGAACUCCAGAAGAAUCAACUUUGUGUUAGAAAGUUGGUAUUGGAAUUUUUAGAGGUACACAGAAGAGUUUCGAAUAAUCCAGAAUUAUUGAAGGAACUGUCACUUAAGGUUCAGGCUUUAUCCAGGUGUUUACCAGAGCCUGUCAAGGCGCACGAGUAUCUCUCGAAAUUUAGUAACCACCUCAGGCGUGAUCAAGCUUUAUUGGAGCAAUUUGAAAAUGUUACCAGACCUUCAGUGAGCUGCAAAGAAUGUUCUGAAGCUACAGCUGCUGUCUUGAGAAAACUUGGAUUACCUGUAAUGACCAAUUUGUACUACAACACUGUCAAAAUGUUACUAGAGCGUAUAAGCUCGGUUAUGAUUGACCAUGAAGCCAUAAAACUCUUAGUUGGUUAUGUGGAAGACUGUCUGAGAGGUGGAAAUACAAUUGAGGAGGUCGGAUUACACCCCGCUACCGCUGGAGAUAGGGGCCUCAAAUUAUUGGUUAUGUUGAGUGUGGUGUUUCCAUCUCACUUUCAGUAUACUGAUGUUUUACAACAACUGAUGGGCCUGCUUAGAUUAGAUGAUGAAAAUGUGGCUCCAUUGGUACUGUCUAUUUUCACCUUCUUGGGUAAAUAUAGAUGUUUAUGUAAGUACCUCUUUGAUUUCUUCAUUUGUACUAAAUAUUUUUCAACAAAAUUCCGGAAUCCAUAA